AAAAACAUCAAACAAAUGCCAUAUAACUCCCUCACUCGGCAACCCUAAUUUCUCGUCAUCAUCGCUCCAACAACAGCUGGUGCAGCAAGCCGCCGCCGGAGCCAUGGGUAUCGAUUUAGUCGCAGGAGGUAAGAGCAAGAAGACCAAGCGCACCGCACCUAAAUCUAAUGAUAUCUACCUGAAACUCCUCGUCAAGUUGUAUCGGUUUCUUGUGAGGAGGACUGGGAGCAGGUUUAAUGCAGUGGUUCUGAAGAGGCUGUUCAUGAGCAGGGUUAACAGGCCCCCGCUGUCUCUCUCACGUCUCGCUGCCCACAUGAAGGGCAAGGAGAAUCAAAUUGCUGUGUUGGUUGGGACAGUGACCGAUGAUAUUCGUGUUAGUGAAAUCCCUGCUAUGAAGGUUACUGCUCUCAGGUUCACUGAGACUGCCAGGGCUAGGAUUGAGAAGGCUGGAGGAGAAUGCUUGACUUUUGACCAGCUUGCUCUCAGGGCUCCUCUAGGGCAGAACACUGUACUCUUAAGAGGUUCACGCAAUGCCCGUGAAGCUGUCAAGCACUUUGGCCCAGCUCCUGGUGUCCCGCACAGUCAUACCAAGCCAUACGUGCGAUCUAAGGGAAGGAAGUUUGAGCGAGCCAGAGGAAGGAGAAAGAGCCGUGGUUUCAGAGUUUAAUGUUAUUUUUAGAUUUUAUGUUGAAGUUUGAUUCCAUGUUUGUUGAGUUACGAUGUGGGAUACUGUAUCCCUUAGUAUUGUCCGAUGCCCUUGAACUGUAUUGCCCAUCGUUUGUUUGUUUUGGUUACUUUUACAAGAUUUUGGAGAAGUUUCUGUUUAAGUGAAUCAUCUUUAGCUUUUAAAGGUUUUGUUUAUUCGAAAGCAUUGCCUUUAAUAGUUCAUGUGCUUUGGUGCUUCAAAGUAAUUGUGUGCUUUGUUUUGGACCAGACGAGAGUUAUUUGUGGUGCAUAAGUGAAAUAAGUCUGCAUUUGAUUGUCUUCAGA